AUUCAAAGUUAGGAUCUCAUAAUGAUCUAUUAAAAUUUUACCCAACUAAACUGACAAGUGAGUGACAUCUCAUUUAGGGCCAUUUGAUCGAUUGUUCCUUUUGCACAUAUGGCACAGUAGGGUGCUUUUCAUUCCGAGCUACAACGGGUGAAUUCCGAUAUGAACAACAUCGGUGAUGUGUGUUGCACGACUAACACGGCUUAUAAGUAGCGCCAUUGCAGGAACGCUGCUCCUCCACAACCACAUGCAAGAUGGGUUCCCAACAUCUUCUAUCCUCUAUGCUUCUACUUCUCUUCCUAUCAAGCUUCAUCCAAAUGGCAGCACUUGGACGUACUCCAUCAUCGACCAAGCUGCUGUACAUAGUGUACAUGGGAGAGAGGCAACACGAAGAUCCAGACCUUGUGACUGCCUCGCACCACGAUAUGCUGUCUUCCGUACUAGGGAGCAAGGAGGAAGCCGUGAGUUCAAUUGUCUACAGCUAUAAGCAUGGCUUCUCGGGCUUUGCAGCCAUGCUUACAGAAUCUCAAGCACACCAAAUUGCAGAAUUGCCGGAGGUGAUCAGCGUCAAUCCAAGCCGCAGCGUUCCGCUGCAUACUACACGAAGCUGGGACUACCUUGGUCUUGGUUAUGAAAAACCCCAAUCCACAGGACUACUUCGAAGAGGCAACUUCGGCGAUGGCAUCAUCAUCGGAGUUGUCGACUCAGGCAUUUGGCCGGAGUCGAGAAGCUUCGACGACCAUGGUUACGGCCCCGUCCCAUCCCGUUGGAAAGGAACGUGUCAAGUAGGUCAAAACUUCACCAUCAAACACUGCAACCGCAAGAUCAUCGGUGCAAGAUGGUACGACAGAGGCGUCGACGAUUCCGACAUCAGCGUAGACUACCGUUCUCCCCGAGAUUUUCAGGGCCACGGAACCCACACGGCUUCCACCGCGGCCGGUUCAUUAGUGGGUAACGCGAGCUUCCAUGGCCUCGGUGCCGGCGUAGCAAGAGGAGGCGCUCCUCGUGCCCGGCUCGCCAUAUACAAGGCGUGCUGGGGAAGUAACAUAAGGUGCUCGGAUGCCGCCCUUCUAAAAGCGAUAGACGACGCAGUGCAUGAUGGUGUGGACAUCUUAUCACUCUCACUUGGGGACUUACUUUACCCAAUAUUUCCUUCCAUACAUGCGGUAGCAAAGGGGAUAACUGUGAUCUUCUCUGGAGGCAAUGACGGUCCCGUCACCCAGACCAUUGCAAAUGACCUGCCGUGGGUGAUCACGGUGGCAGCCAGCACCAUCGAUCGCUCGUUUCCUACCCUCCUAACCCUCGGAGACAACCGAACCGUGGUGGGACAAUCCAUCCUCUAUGAAUCCACCGAUGGAGGAUUCAAAGAGCUAGCAGAUGGUGGGAGUUGCUCGGACGCUCUGAAUUCGAGUGAUGUAGUCGGAAAGAUUGUGCUCUGUUACCAGCUUGCCAUCGCCUCAAGCUUACCACCCGUGCAAGGCUUUCAACCGGCUGCCAUUAAUGUUCAGGAAGCAGGAGGGAAGGGCAUUAUCUUUGCACAGUACUCCACCAACAUCCUCGACUUCAUCGACGAUAUUUGCACCGGCGGCGUAUGCGUCUUUGUAGAUUACGAGAUCGGCAAACAAAUAAAAGAUUAUGUAACGAAUACAAGAUCCCCGCUGGUGAAGGUGAGCCUAACGCAGGAUAUGGUCGGGAGUGGAGUUAUGUCGCCCAGGGUCGCAGCUUUCUCGUCGAGAGGGCCGAGUAUAAAGUUCCCAGAUCUAGUCAAGCCCGAUAUCACGGCUCCCGGAUUCCUUAUCCUGGCCGCAGUGAAAGAUUCCUAUGAGUUUAAGUCUGGAACAUCGAUGUCUUGUCCCCAUGUCUCUGGCGUAGCAGCUCUUCUUAAAGCAGCACAUCCCCAGUGGUCUCCUGCUGCCAUCAAAUCAGCACUCGUCACAACUGCUCAUACGACCAAUAAAUACGGCUUCCCCAUAGAAGCAGAGGGAGUUCCUCGAAAGCUCGCCGAUCCUUUCGACUUUGGCGGCGGUCACAUCGAUCGUAACAAAGCCGUUGAUCCUGGGCUUAUUUAUGACGUCGAUCCCAAAGACUACUUCAAGUUCUUCAACUGCACUCACGGUCCGUCGUUCACUAGUGGCUUGGUGGACAGUCGGCUGUAUCGCCUGAAUCUGCCCUCCAUCUCCAUUCCCGACCUGAAGAAGACACCACUGACGGUGUGGAGAACCGUGACCAAUGUGGGGGACACAGAUUCCAUUUACAGGGCAAUGGUGGAGUCUCCACCGGGUGUUAACAUGGUGGUUGAGCCUUAUCUUCUCCUGUUCAAUGCUUCCACGACGACGCACACCUUCGCGGUGACGUUCACGCCGCUUAUGAUGGUGCAAGGGGACUUCAACUUCGGAAGCUUGACAUGGUUUGAUGAUGGGAAGCACGCAGUAAGAAUUCCUAUCGCAGUUCGAGUGAUCAUUCGUGAUUCCUUCUCUGAUACCUCCUAAGGCUUGUGGUGGCAUCCGCUCUAUGUCGAGUACCAUGGCAAUAAGUUUGUAUGUUGAAGUCGUAUGGAGAAUAAAAAUUAACGUGGUACGUUGCUCUUGUA